AUGACGUGUCCGUUGAAGACUUCUUUCCUCGGACCUUGGAUAACUGUACUUUAGAUGAAUUUGCUUCGCUUCCAGUCAAAGUCGACUUGAUUUAUCAUUCCGCAUACCGCAACAGUGAAAUGAGGUCGUGAGCAGCUUUUACACAAAUACAUUAAGCAAAACAAGCCAUCUUACAGCUUGGGUGAAAGAAGCUGUUGAGAAAAGAGACUUCGGAUGGAGUCAACAUCAUCUUCUGUGUCUUCUUCAGAUGUCACUUCCCUCCCGAACUCUCAGUGAGCACAGGGCCAGUGAUUCAUCACUGGAUUUCAUCACUCGCUACAUGGUUGAAAAAAGUUCCAGAGAGCGUGUCAAGGAAAUUUGGCUUUCCUUAUUUGCACAGAUUUGUGUGCAGGUCAGGUGACAUCCCCUGAUAUGUGAACUCUGAGAAAUUUGAGACAGAUUCAAAUUCACAUAUCAGAGGACGUCGCCUGGACUGCUCACAAAUGGAAAGAACUUCUCAGGAAAACCAAAUAUCCUCGCCUCACUCUCACUCUGUGUCUAGCUAAAAACUCUCUCAAGGUGAAAGAAAAGUCUUGAUGUCUCUGCUCAACUAAUGGAUCACAUCCUCGCUGCUAAACAUCAUAUCUUCUAGAAAUUUACCGAACACAUUCUCAGCACUACACAUUUUCCCCCGCAAUAAGAGUAAAAUACCUGUACCACUGUGAAAGAAGUCAAACUGUGAAUAUCUGGAACAAUGCUAAGCUAAAGAGCUAGUGUUGGGUUGGACUGUUUGACCAAGACGAUUAGGACAGAAGGCUACUUUGGGAUGUAUCGAGGUGCUGCAGUGAACCUCACCCUUGUAACUCCAGAGAAAGCGAUUAAACUUGCAGCCAACGACGUCUUCAGGCAACGGCUCUCCAAGGACGGGAAGUUACCGUUAUGGGGCGAGAUCCUCGCAGGCUGUGGGGCAGGAACCUGUCAGGUGGUGGUCACAACUCCGAUGGAGAUGCUAAAAAUACAGCUGCAGGACGCUGGCAGGUUGGCGGCGCAGAGAUCCGUGUCUGCCUCGGAUCCCGCCUCCUCGCCGUCUCUGGCGUCUUCUCACCACGCUGCAGUGCGUCGAUCAGCCACGGCUAUAACACUGAAGCUGCUGAGGACGCAGGGCCUCCGGGGCCUCUACAAGGGCACAGGGGCCACUCUGCUCAGGGAUGUGCCGUUCUCGAUGAUCUAUUUCCCCCUGUUUGCCAAAUUUAACGCAGUGGGUCGGAGCGGAGAUCUCGCUCACGAGCGCGCCCCUUUCCUGCAGUCCUUCGCUUCGGGAUGCGGGGCCGGCUCGGUGGCGGCCGUGGCGGUCACACCACUGGAUGUCAUAAAGACUCGCCUUCAGACAUUGCAGAAGGGCGAAGGAGAAGAUUCAUACCGGGGCAUCAUCGACUGUACACGGCGCAUUCUGAAUCGAGAAGGGCCAUCAGCCUUUCUCAAAGGAGCGACAUGUCGAGCGCUGGUCAUCGCCCCGCUUUUCGGGAUCGCACAAGGCAUCUACUUCCUUGGUGUGGGUGAGCAGGUGAUGAAGCUGCUGGAAUAGAAAUGAAGUUUUAUAUCAGUAGACAAACACACAGUACUGUUUCAACACGUGGAGAGAGGAGAGAGAGAGGGCCCGGGAUUAGGGAAGGAGUAAGUGGUUAGAAUGAGAGGGAUGUCCACUUAUAUAACCAAAGGAGUUGAAGGAAGAAAAAAAUGAAAGAGCUGUUCAUGCUAUCAUAAGCAGUGACAUUGCACACUAAUUGUUUCUCAAGUGUCCAAACGAGAAGGUAAACAGGGUUCUUUGGGGCAAAACAGGGUCCUGGUCUAUCCGAAGGUGUCUAAUUCACUUGAUUUUGACUGAUUACUUGUAAAGGAUGUAAUACGAAAUCUAUCACUAGAUUAGUGCUAGUAUUACACUAGCAAAGGUUAAAAUAAUAAAUAAAUAAAUGAAUAAAUCGCAUGUCAGUGAAUCAAGUGGAUCAGAGACCUACACAGAUAAAGUUGAAGAAAAGCGUUUGGUGCUUUGCUUUGUAGGAGUGUUUAGUGUAAUAGACUGUAUAAGAUCUACUGCUGUGUUAAUCUGCGCUUUAAUCCUCUAUGUUCCUCAGAUGCAUUACAUGGUUAAAUUUUGGUAAUUAUGGUAAUUAUCAGCAACAUUUUCCCCUCGCAUUACGGCAGCUUUAAUAAAAGAUCUAGCUUAGCUUAAGGACCUUCCGUUGUCGUUGGCACCCCAGAACAACCAAAAUCCAACCAAUGAGCAUAUAGAGGCGUGUCUACUUGCCUGCAUUUAGGGCCUGCGCAUGUAUUUUGGCACUGAAGGAAGCCUGACUUUCUUUGGAUUUUAUUUGGCGCUAGCUUUAUUUCACCUCUGCUAAAAAUCACUGCCUGUAACUUUUAAGACGAUGACUGGGACCGGAGGUACAGAUCUGAAGGAUAGAGUACAGUUUAGUGACAAUUUGCAGAGAUUCGGUCCAAACCUAAUGGUGCAUGUCUACAUGCAAGUUCAACGUGUCGCCUUCUAUUCAUUUGAAUAAAGAGUUUUGCAUCUGUGCAACGUAUGAAAGUGGCGUGGCAGCGAACGACAACAAAAUACACGGAUCUUAUUAUAAGUGGAUUCGUGCCGUACUGUAAGCUCCGAGCAGUCUCGUAUUAACCUUUAUGUUCUGUUCAGUUUAAUUGUUUUUAAAAAAAAACAAAAACAAAUGAUUAUAAUGCAGUGUAUGUCAUUAGCUUAAUUUCCCUACACAAGCUGAAAAAUCAUUUAAGAUAAAAAAACGUUUUAUAUUACACAACCCACAUUCCCUAGGAAGCAUGCUGUUCUAGGAAAAUAACAACGCAGUGGUGUGAUCCGGCCUGGCACAAAAUAUAAUUACAUAAUUACUGUUACCACCCUUAGUGGUUAGCAUGUUCCCCUCACACCUCCAGGGUCCGGGAUUCGAGUCCCGCCGGGGCCCUGUGUGUGUGGAGUUUGCAUGUUCUCCACGUGCAGUGGGGGUUUACUCCGGGUACUCCGGUUUCCUCCCCCAGUCCAAAGACAUGCAUGGUAGGCUGAUUGGCAUGUCUAAAGUGUCUGUAGUGUAUGAAUGAGUGUGUAUGUGAUUGUGCCCUGCAAUGGACUGGCACCCUGUCCAGGGUGUACCCCGCCUUGUGCCCCAUGCUCCCUGGGAUAGGCUCCAGGUUUCCCCGUGACCCUGAAAAGGAGUAAGCGGUAGAAGAUGGGUGGAUGGAUGGUUUUACUGUUACCACAAUGAAGAUGAUUAUUUUCCUGUAACAGCACAAUCCUGAAGUGUUUUAUUCCUCUUAUACCACAGCAAUGUGCCAAUGAUUACAAUUUCUGUUUGUUAAAGAAUGACUUGUCAUACUCAGUCAUACUUUUUAUCCGUUUAUAGUUACAUUUCAUGUUGUCGAACAUUUAAGAAACAACUUACUUCCUGUUAUAUCAGAUAUAACAAGUCGUUCUAUCACCAGCCACUCUUCUUUCUCUCCUCUGAAUUUAAUAAGGCAAAAGAAUUUCCUGUCUCACUAAACAGGGACGAAGCUCUGGCACCGGAGACUCCUUCCGUAGAUGUCGAAUAAACGUCUCCUUACAGAAAAGUUUCUGUGCAAGUUGUUACUAAAGUCAUGCUAAAUUAGAACAAGCGCAUUAAUAUAAACCAUGGAGCUGGAACUACUUUCCGAGUCGUUAGAGAAAAUGAAUCAACACCUUCUGGCCAAUCAGAAUCAUUCAGCAACGCUGUGGUUUUAAUUUAAAACUAAAUCUAAAGCAGUGAACAGAACAUGAGGGUUAAACUCUGCUGGAUGCUUUGCCAGGGUCAGUGCGACUACUUUCUACACGUGCCGAGUUAAAUCAGAUGUUGGAGCACAGAGCAAGGAACUAAAGAUGCUCCAGAAUUAUAACACCAUCAUUGGACUUAUUAUAAUCUUUAAGGCAGAUAUAAAACUUUAUCUUUAACGCACCUGGAAAGGAUGACGUGUCACCUUAAAUGUGACCCAAGAUCAGAGAAAGAUAGAUUAUUAAAGACUAUAUUCAAAUACGAUUCAUUAUCUUCUGCUUAUACUAAUCUUAUAUAUGUCUGCAUUUGUUCAAAUCAAAAUCAAAACUAGGGAUCUGGUUCUUUUUUUUGUUAUGAUCUCCACAGUCAACUUCUAAAAUAUAUUUAUCUAUGUUAGAUAUCUGUAGAGCUGUACACACUAUAACACCAAAAACUAUACAUCAUCACAAGGUGGCUUAUUAUAAACGGUUUUUAUGAAGAAUGACCAGAAUCUCGAGCUUUUAAGCAUACAGACUCUGAGUAUUAUUAAUGUACAGAAUGGAGUAAAGAGCACAAGUAACAUCACGGUUAAAAAAAAUCCAGAUUUCUGGUGUAAAGAGACACUCAGUAUGUUUACAUGGACAACAAUAAUGCGAUAUUAACCUGAUCAAGACGAUACUCUGAUUAAGAAACUGCCAUGUAAACAGCGAUUUUUUAUUACCUUAAUCCGAUUAAAUCAUACUGGAGGUAAACACAAGUCGAAUUAAGACAUGUGGAGUACUCCUGUUUUAGUCGCAUUAUGGAAGUGCAUUAUAGACAUGUACACACCUUAAUCACACUGUUAACAUCGUGUGGGGGUUUUCACCGCAUUUUGCAACAGGACACGAUCACACACUACAGUGCUCAACUGUUUGACGGCAAACAAGAGAACACGGCUGCGUCCGAAACCGCAAACUUAGCUACUACAAUAUAUAAUAGGUGAAAUACAUGUAUACACGCAAGUACACUGUUUAGGACGCAGCCCACGGCUUCAAGCAGUCGUCUAUGUGCACAUACAGCAUGAUAAAUAAUUAACUGCACUUGAAUAUGCACUUGAAAUAAUUAACGCUUUCGUAAAUUAAAAAUGAAACACCCAAAACUGUAUACGGUUCCAUAACGAAGACGAACUGUAUGAUAAUACGUGAAAUUCUGGAGGGAACGUCGGACGGUGUGGUGCGGUGACGUAAUGACGUGUGCUGUUAAUCGAUCUAUGUUCAUAACAUGUAAAACGGGUACACGAAAGGAAUAUUCUAAAAGCGACUCAUGUAAACAACUUUAUCAGAACAUUGUCUUAUUCAGAAUAAGGUCAAUAAUUAGAUUACUGCUGUCCAUGUAAACAUAGUCAGUGAGAUGGGAACAAGCACCACCUUGUGGCUGGAUUUUACAAUACAGUCUGACUGAAAUCAGUGAGGAUAAAGUUGUUUUUUUUUAAAAAAAUGAUUGUUCAAUAAUUUAAUUGUAUUCUAUUUAAAUCAGGUUUGAUCUGAUUACAUGAAAAUCAUGUACAGUGAUUGUAUAUUCUGAUUUUACACAUAUCACUGCAUGCCUUUUAAUUUUACCUUAUACUCUCAGUUUACGAUGUUUAUCACGAUAUUGUAUUAUCGCAUUAGAAAAAACACUAAUCGCACAAUUGUACACACUUUCCUCUGACAGGUUUACCUGCAAUGUUUCAUUCUUCAGUCGUUCAGAAAGGUUCCCUUAAAGGUUCUUUGGAUGUUUAAUGGUUCUAGCUGUUUUUCUGUUGCAUGGUUUGAUAUAGAACCUUUCAUGGUUCCUUCAAAGGAACAAACAGAGAGAAAAAAAAAAACUUAUCUUUCCUAAGUGUAGUUUCCACCAGGUAUAGAACAGACUUUAUCUCUAAUACUUGCCAAAAAAGGCAGUGUUGUUUCAUAUAGAAGAUGACAGUAUUUCUACAGUGUCCACAAUUACAACGUCGGGCCUCAUUUAUCAAUUUAGAUAUGAUUGAAAAAAAUUUAUUCGUAAAUCAAUCACUCACUCACUGGAGCCUUUACACAAGAAGCGUGUUCAUCGGUUAUUUAUUUAAAAAAAAAACAUUCGUAUCUUGUGUUUCGUGGCAGAGUUUGCGUAAAUCUACACAAAAGCACACUCACUAUUUUAUAAACGUGAGUUUAUAAACUCGGUUUUAUAAACGGAUUACACGGUCAUGUUUAAAACGAUUCAUUAUUUCAAUUACACACCAAUUUAAUGAACAUUUCGUGAAACAUAUUGAUGACUUGAAAGAAAGCAAUCCAAAACAAAUGAACGAGUCUAGCAAUUCAUUUAGAACAGAAGUAACGGCGCACUAAACAGAGGACGGGUUAGUGUGGUAUGUGAUGAGCUGCUCUGACUGAGCGCACGCUGCAUUUACAAGCCACACGUUCUCCGUUUAGUCCUCAUGUGUAGGCCUGUGCGGGUUUUAUGAAGUUUACUGGCCUUCAUGAAAGGUAAACCAGAUGUUCUUGGUAAUUUACAGCUGAUUGGGUUUUAUCUGCGCAUGCACACGUGUAUUAAGAAAAUCAGCAUUACCAGAACCAGUUUGUAAAUCUGGCAGGAAUUUGUAUUUCAGUUUACACACAACUUUACUAAACGAUCGAUAAAUGAGGCACUUGUACGUGUAAGAAAGCAUGAUUGUACACUAUAAUUCAGAAUGGACUACAGAAACAGUUUUGACAGUAUUGUGUCCACAAGAAAGAGCCAUCAUUUGUCCAUCAUUUCAAUAAGAAACGAUUUCAUUUGAUGUACAUACUGUAUGUGAUAUAAAAAAAAUAUUUGUAUUUCAUAUUUGUUUUCAUGUUCAUGGACAAUGAAAGAAAAGAACUGCCUGUUUUUGUUGUUUUUCUUUGGUUGACGAUUGUAUUAUAACAAAUGAUUUUAACACAGACACCAAUACUGAUAUUGUUCCCAAAUAUAGAAAUAAAAUAUAUUGGAUUAA